CAUUGGGGCCACUAGCCACUCUCGAAACGUUGCCUGCCGACCGCGAUCGUAGCAAAAGCCAUGAAGGUGUACGCGCUCCAGCUCCUGCUCCUCGUGGCGGUGCUCGCCGCCCCCUGCACGACGGUGGUGUGCCGGGCGUCCGCCGCAGGGCCGCCGGCGAAGUGCAACCCGCUGGCUCUGCGCCCGUGCGCCGCGGCGGUCAUCUACGGCGCGAGGCUGUCCGGCGAGUGCUGCGCUAAUGUCAGGGAGCAGGAGCCGUGCCUGUGCAGGUACAGCAGGAACCCCGACCUGAGGAGGUUCAUCAACUCCCGGGAGGGCAGGAGGAUCGCGGCAGUUUGCCGUGUCCGGAGGCUCAGGUGCUAGGUUCGUGCGUCGACGUGUCCGUGUGUAAUAACCUAUUUCGAUGCGAGUGUGCAACGCGUCUCUGAACUCUCUGGAUCUCCGUUUCUCUUGCUACAAUGUGACGUGCAGUUAGAUGGUGUGGACUGUUUGGUUACUUCGUGUACUCUGUUGGUUCAUUAUUUGUUCCCCGUGCUGUCUGCUGUGUGGCAAACCGUUCAAUUGGUGUUUUGCAGUGAGAUUUUCUGAACUUAUUCG